CCCGCGGACGGCCCGGGCGGCGACGGCGAUGGAGGCGAGGGCGUCGGCGGGCGCCGGUAGGCCCGUGAAGGGCAUCCUGAAGAACCGCUCGGGCAGCGGCACCGGGCAGGGCCUGGCGGAUCCCCUGGCGCUCCCGCAGGCACCGCCGCUGCCGCCCGCCGGGGCGCCCUUGCAGGCGCAGUCGAGCACCGAGAGCCGCGGCGAGGAGCACGGGAAGAAGACGCAGAAGUGGGACGAGAUGAACAUCCUGGCCACCUACCACCCCGCCGGGAAGGACUACGGGCUGAUGAAGAUCGACGAGCCCAGCACGCCCUACCACAGCCUGAAGGAGGAGGACGCCGGCAGCGACGCCGAGGACAGCCCCGUCCCCACGGCAGACGUCCUCGCCCAAAAGCUGGCGGCUGCAGCAGCAGGACAGGGCCCCAAAAUCCUUGCAAAGCAGGAUGACAGCAGUGAGGAGGAGGACGAGGUAGACUUGACUCCGGAAGAAUUGGAGAAAAAGAGACAGUUUGAAAUGAAGAGGAAAAUGCAUUACAAUGAAGCACAGAACAUCAAACUUGCCAGACAGUUGAUUGCAAAGGAGAUGCAUGGCGAGGCUGCUGCUGAUGAGGAGGACGAGGACGAGGAUGAUGACAAUGAUGACGAUGAUGAGAUGCAGGAUGCGUGCAAUACAGGAAGGAUGAGCACAGAAUCAGUACCGGCUCCUAGUGACCCACUCGAGAACAUUGCACACAGCCUAGAAGAAGUCUGCUCGGGACUGUAAUAGCUCCUGAAGUCACCCCUUUGUGUUCCUUGCUGCGUCGCCCUUCUGCAGUUCUGGCUCACCAGGUUGGCUCGCACUUUGGUAUCUGACAAGAAUGGUGGCGACCUCAAGGUUUUCUGUUGGGCAGUGAAAAUGUGGCUGAUGUGGCUGGUUCUGGCGGUCGCAGAAGAUGAUGCGUUGCUCAUCUGCAGAAUAACACAGCGCGGAGUAGCACUGGUGACCCAGAUGCACUCCUUUCUCUGGUUUGCACCUGCAGAACAUCUGGACACUUUGUUUUCUCUUUUAUUUGGCAUCAUGCUGUAGUAGUUGAGUAGCCACAAAUAUUCCGAAGAGGGCUUUGGUGUUAAUGUGCCAAACUGCAGGUAGGAAAAGAGUGAGACACUUGGCCACUGACAUUUUGCAAAAGGGAUUAAUGGAGCAGUGUUUUUAUAGCUUUUUUCCCCUUCCCCUUCUGCAGCAUUUAUCUAGCUGGUUCUUGCAGGUGGUUCUUGCCUCAGCUGCUGAGGGUGAGGGAACAAUGGCAUUAGGCUUGCUUUCCCAGCUGGCUGUUCUAAAGUAGGGGGUGGUCAGCCUGCCUUUAGGUAGAUGCUAUAGCUUUUUUUCCAUCUGAGUUGGCCUGGAUUGGGAGCACGGCAUGGUGGCUCUUUCCUCCAUUAGGCCACUCUGCCUCUGGGGGUGCCUUCCCGUGUGGUUGAAGACUGCCAGCUUCUAGAAAGAAACUGGGUUGAAAACCCUCUGAACAAUCCUAUGUUGCCUGCUGGCCUUCCUUCUCUCUCCAGGUGAGCCUGGAACAGCCUAACUGGCCUUCUGCACGUAUAUGUAGGGAUGUGUGGGGAGAAACAAACAGCUGUGGACAGAUUUUCGGAGACUGUGAGGAUGGUCCUCUCAACUAGUAGUCCCUGUGAAUGAUGGCAUCAGGCAGCAAGAGCACCUCUGAUCCUCUGGCUUGGUGCUCAUUGUUUCUUAACUUUGCUAGGAGAGGCAGUGUUCACACAGCCCCAUAUAAUCCUGUGAUCUUUUUUAGGGUGACUUCUCUACUCUCUACGUCAUGAAUGAAAUCUGAAUCAUACAGCUAUUUUGUAGCUUGACUGGCUUUGUGAUUUCCUUAAAACAUUGGGCUCUUUAAACUUUAGAACAGAGAGGGACAUCCAUGCGGUCAGCUGAUGUUUGUACAACUAUUUGGAAUGUUCUAACAAGCUGAACCUGCCUAGAAAAUGCCCAGAUUGUACUGCUGAAUUUGCUCCUUCAUUUCUGGGUUCCGUUUCCAUUGGCUUGUUUUCUUCUAAUUGUUUUAUUGAAGUAAACCACUGUGGGUUU